AUCUCAGAUACAAUCGAAGAGUCACGCUCUGAGUCUGACGUGUCAGCUCUCUGCCAAACGAAAACAAACAGUUGACAUGUGAAAUAUGUGUGUUUGUUUCACAGUGUACAGUAUGUAUCCCCACCAGCCUGAACACUAAUGCUUUAUUAAGAGCGUCUCCUUGUUGUUCAGGAUGAAUUUUGGUUCUAAAAGCAAGAAGCGGAUGGUUCUGCCGUCCCGACCCGAUCCGCCGACAGUGGAGCAGAUCACGGAGGACGUGAACCGAGCCUGUCCCACCGAUCCGGUGUUCACCGUUUUACCCGAUUCUGCGGAAGAUCUGAAGGCCAGUUCCAACAACAGUGAAGUGGAGGUGAGAUACCUGCAGAGCAGACGUUACAUAGAGCUGCAUGAGCGACUGCAGGAAGAACGUGGCAAUCUGGCACGGCGGAGAGAUGAGCUGCGUGCGGCCGGGGAGUCUUUGGAGCACAGCGUGAUGGAAGUGAAGAGGAGCGCGCUGUGACAACUCGCACAUAUCUUUUGAACUUGAGAUUUGCUCAUUCAGUAGCUGAUGUCACUUGAUUUCCAUGGAAGAGCCUUUCCUCUUGCUGAGCUGCUGUUAGCAUUUAGGCUCAGACAUUUUAAUGCUGAAGUUCAUCAGAUCUUAAUGUUAGUGAUAUUCCUGGCUGAUUCGUUUGUGAUAAAUCUACUUGGUCAAUGUCAAUGUGUCAGUGUGUGUUCAGUACUGUAUAAGUUGUGCAGUCUCAAUGUAUUUUUCAUUAUUUAAUGUAAUUUACAUCUAAUUUUCACAAUCCAGGCUUCUUGAGUUUAUUGAUGACAGGAAUAUUCCAGCAUAUUCCUCACAGCGUCAUUUUCAUUUGUAUUAAAUGGAGUUAAAUAGCCUGAUUAAGGUUUAUUGUCCAAGCAAAAAUCCUCAAUUUUAAAAUGUAAAGUGAUUUCUGUGGUAUUAGGGCAUUUGUUCUCAAGCUGUGGUCUAUGAUUGGCCGGUAAAAAACUCCAAACUUAUUAAUAAACUCAGUGAAUUAA